UCGAAUUUUCCUUCAAUUUUUUAAUUUUAUGAAUAUACGUCAAUUUUUAUUUUUAAUUUUUUUAAGUUUUAUUUUAUUUAUUUAUUUGAACAAAUCCGAACGGGAUAGAAAAUGUGACUCAAAUAUUUGAAAGUUAGUUAGGGUAGCUUUUACCGACUUUUGGAAAGUAGCAGUACAACUCUACUGAAAUGGAUUAUUGCUUAGGUUUCUUCAUGCUUAACGUAACCUCAAGCUAUAUAUGACGACACAUACAGCCACUUGCAUCAACUCAACGUGACUCCAAAGCUUAUUCUAUCUAAUACAACCUCUCUCUCUCUCUCUCUCUCUCUCUCUAUUUAUAUAUAUCUAUAUAUAAUUAUUCUAUUAAACAUAUACCAAAUUAGUUACACAUUCACCUCAAUCAUACAAAUUUCAUCAUUAUGAAUACCAUUUCCACCAUUAACAAUACCAACCCCCAUUCUUCUUCUUCUUCUUCUCUCGACCAGAUUCACAUACAAAAACCCUCACAAGAGCCCCCGCUUUCAACCAACUCAAUCGCCAUUGAUGAAUCACUCCAAUCCUCCAUUCAAAAUCUCCUCAAGAACUGGCGCAGAAGGCAACAAUGGAAGAAGCUCUUCUUCGCCCACCCCAACCGACAAAACACAGCACCAUGGCGGAAAAAGCUGACAGAUUUCCUCGAAUCCAAACAGAUUCGAUGUAUCUCCAUUUUUCUUAUCCUUGUUGACUUAAUUCUCACCACUCUCGAGCUCUCCUCCACUCUGAUUUCUUGCGAUGAAAACAAGCAUAAGAGUAAUAAAAGCAGCCAUCACUCCGACACUGACCGAUUGGGACCAACGCAGUUGUACCACUGGGCGGGAAUCACGAUCCUCUGCCUUCUUUUCUCAAAGAUAGUGGUGAUGGCCGUGGGGCUCGGCCGCGCAAUUGUAAGGCGUCCGGGGUAUGUGGUGGACGGCGUCGUUUUAGCAGUGGCGCUGGUCUUGGAGAUUUUUCUUGAAGGGGAAGGGGGAGGGUUUCUAGUGGUGGUGAGCUUGUGGCGUGUGGUGAGAGUGGUGGAGAGCGCGUUCGAGUUGAGUGACGACGCCAUUGAAGCGCAGAUCAAAGGCAUCGUUGCCCAGUUUGAGGCGUUGCGAGAAGAGAAUAGGAGGCUUUUUGAGGUAAUUGAGGAAAAGGAUAAGAUCAUCGAGAAGCUUGUUCAAGAUUCGGAACGGUGUGGAGAAGCGCUGCCUUUGCAGACGGAUCGCAUAUCAGCUAUUCAUUUUAUUGAUAAGUAAAUAGUAAUAAAAACCAAUUAAGAUGUACAUAAGAUAAGUAAUUAUGAAAAGCUUGAGUUGUAAUGUAAAAUAAAAUAGGAGCCAUUUUUCUCCGGACAGCAACACACAAUUUACUUAUAACAAUAAGUGUAAGAAUUUAUUUUGUAUAAAUGGAACACUCAACACCAUUAUAUAUAUUUUUAUAUAUAUGUAUUUGAAAAUGUAACACCAAUAUUGAAUGAGAG